UAUAAGUUUGAUAAAUUAAUUAGGUGCAAGUCAAUGAUUUUGACAUAAUUAAGAGAGUAACAAAUGUGUUCCCUUUCAUCCGGUUAUAACCCUCUAUCAAACAGGUAGACGGUGACAGGGAGAAGGUAAGAACACGUAGGUUAAGAUAAAUAUGGCCAUUAUUAACCGUGUACUGUCUCGAUCUGGGGGAUUUAAAGGAAACAUGUCACCCACAUUUCUAACCGCAUACAGUUUACUAUGUGCGGUAAAUAUGUGGAGGAUAAUAGGACAACGACAUCUUGAUAUAUGGUGUAGUCCUUUAAUUUCUUACAGUCUGUCCAUUUGAGUAAGAAGUAAGAAAAUCCAGAGAAGAAGGUGAAUACAGAUGCAGAGUUAAUGCUCUGACUUUCGAUAAGGUAACCUUCGGUUAACUGGUCUUAAUACCUCGGUUGUGGAUUUACUAUACACUGUGAUAUACAUAAUGUAGAUGGAAUGGUAUUACCGGUCCCACGCUGAAAUAGUAUUCUGUUAACUGUGGUAAUUGUUGCAGAUGAAUGAGCCAGAUAAAGUGUUGUUUGUACAUGGGACAUGGGUCCGUGAUGCAGAUAAUCGAUGGAUAUUUGAGCCUGACAUAGUGUGUGCAGCAGAGCACCUCAUCGAACUCAAAAUGGAGAUGACAAUGACUGAGUUAGUAGCUGCAGUAAAAGAAUGUCUAGACAUAACAUCGAAAGAUAUCUCUGUCAAACUGUCGUUUCAAUACCCGGAGUGGGUUGCAAUGGGUGAUGGAGGGCUGGAUACACCUCAGUACAUUACAGACGAUACCGAUGUCGGUGUAUUUAUCCGGAUGAGAAGCGCCAUUGAAGAAGUUGAUCUUUAUGUCUCCAUUGUCCGACAUUCACCCGGUGGGAAAGAAGAUAAUCUACCACGCCAACUGUCACGUAAUAUGCGAAAAGGGGGAGAGGAUGGAGGCGCCAACUGUGUGGAUGAGGAAGACUGGCAUGCUUUUGCACUCUCAGAAACUCCAUUGACUCUUCCACCAACACAGAAGGAUGUAGGUGGGAAAGACCAGGAGGUGCCAGAAUGUUCUGAACGACAACGCCGAAAUAGUACAACUUCUCGCACGACUAUUCCACAUGGACAACGUGGAAUAGUCAUUAGAGAGCCAGGCGAGAUUGUUCGACUUUCUGCGCCGGAGACAGAAGCGAGACAGAAGGGAAAGAAGAAACGGCCCUUAGAGUAUGAAACUGAUUCAAACACUGACUCCGACGAUGCAAUGGUCGUCCCUGUGCUUCGUGCAAGUAUUCCCGAGAAAGCAAAUGCAGCUAGGCCUGUAGCGCGCCGGCUGGUGUUUAGAAUACCUGGAAUUCCCACCACACAGAAGGGAGCUGGUAGUUCUAGUUCGAGUACAGAGGCUCUUCCUGAGGUAGCUGACGAAUUUGGUCAACACUGGGGAAAAUUUGAUGAAGCACUCCACGAGAUGCUAAGCGAUCCAUACACUCCAGCUCUAUUUGGAAAGGAUGCCCCACCGGUAUUCAACAGUCGUCGGGGAACAGGUAUAACACAUACAAUGUGACAACACAUAGUAUAGUAGUAAAGAAUUAGGUAUACAACAACAGCUACUGUACUAUAUCAGAUAGUUACUACUUGAUAUUGACAUAAUUUAAUUUUGUAGGUGUGGAUACUGCCCUUGCUGACAUACAGUAUGAGGGGGACGAAAUUUACGUCGGACGUGUCUUCAAAUCCAAAACUGACUGCAAAAUCAAACUAGCAAUUCAUGCCAUGAAUAGGAAGUUCCAUUUCAGAACUCCCCGCUCGAGUCCGGCAAUGCUACUUGCCCAAUGCGUUGGUAAUGGUUGCCCAUGGCGCGUGUAUGCGGUUCUGCUGGAUGCUAGUGGGAACUUCCAAGUUCGCCAAGCAAAUCUCAUUCACUCAUGCACCGUUGAUGAGCGCCGCAACUACCACAAACUGGCAACCACUCAGGUUAUAGGCGAGAUAAUGCAAUCAAGGUUUGUUGGAAUCAAGCGUGGCCCAACCGCAGCAGCAAUUAGGAAAAUACUGUUGGAUGAGUUUCAUGUGAACGUCUCGUAUUGGAAAGCGUGGAGAGCUAGAGAGCUUGCAAUGGACCAUGCAAUGGGUACAAUGGUAGGAAGCUACUCACUUAUACAUGCAUAUUUAGCUCUGCUUCAGUCAUCAAAUGAAGGAACAACCUGCUUCUUGGAGAGUACAGAUGCCGAAGAUGGGAGAAGAAGAUUUAAGUAUUGUUUUGUUGCAUAUGGGGCGUCAAUCUCAGGGUAUCCGUCGAUGCGGAAAGUGGUUGUUGUUGAUGGGACGUCAUUGAAAGGAAAGUUUGGGGGCUGCCUACUUUCAGCGUCUGCACAAGACGGAAAUUUCCAAGUAUUUCCUCUAGCUUUUGCGGUGGUCGAUAGUGAAAACGACGAUGCUUGGGAAUGAUUUUUCCAGAAAUUACAAACAUUUGUUUACGAUGUCCCAGGCUUGGUUUUCAUCUCAGAUCGACAUGCAAGCAUUUACAGUGGGCUUAGCAAGGUAAAAUUGUAUAUUAUUCUUUAUACUGCGACUAUACCAUAUGCAAUUACUAGUCCACGUACUACCAAAGCUAUUUCAUACCUGAUGGUAAUAAGUUUAAUUAUAUAUUUUCCACGUACAGGUUUAUAAUCACGCUCAGCACGUUGCAUGUGUAGUCCAUCUUUGGCGCAAUAUAAAGGCAAUAUAUAAAAAAAGCAGGCUCGCGAACCUUAUGUCCGCUGCUGCACGGGCAUUCUGACCGAGUUUAAUCAGAAAUUUAUUGAGAUCCAGAAAAUAAACCCUCAAUGCGCUGCAUAUUUGGUUGACAUAGGGUUUGAACAAUGGACUAGAGCCCAUUUCAAAGGAAGCCGGUACAACCUGAUGGACUCGAACAUUGCCGAAUCUUGGAAUGGUGUCAUUAAGGAAGCAAGAGAAUAUCCCCUUAUCACUAUGUUUGAAUACAUACGCACAGCCGUUAUGGGCUGGCUAGCAAUGCGUAGAGCAAAAGCAAACCGAGAGCAAGGAACCCUCACACCAAAUGUCCGAAAACUGGUUGAGGAGAACUACGAACUCUCAACAGGUUUGUCAGUACGUGAUAUUGGGGAGUUGGAGUUUCAAGUGCAGGACAAUGCGGGAGAGUGCUUCACCGUUUUAUUAGGACCUUGCAGCUGCAGUUGUAUGGAAUACGACGAGAUGGGCAUUCCAUGUAUUCAUGCUCUAGCUGCUGCUACAAGGAUUGACUUCCCUUCUGAUGCGUUGGUUGCGCCACCAUACUAUGUGACAACUUGGAGACAAGGAUUUGCCGGAAAAAUUUACCCGGUCCCAUCAGUCGGAGGGGUAGAAAUAGGGGUUGGUACUCCAAACGACCUUCUCCCAUCGGCGGUGCGACGCCCACCUGGCCGUCCAAGGAAAGUUCGCAUCCUCUCCCGCGGGGAGUAUAAGGUACAUCUUUCCUUCUGAUGAAUUCGACUUAUAGACAGGUGGUUGAACACAUAAGAGUCUGGGGAGACAAACUAGGAUAGAUGAUGAUGAUGAUAAUGAAUAGAGGAUACAACAUACAUUACUGAACAGUUGAUUGUAUAUGACAUAUAUAGUAUAGUUCAUGUGACUAGAAUAUACGUGGGUUUAUAUGGUAUAGUAUAUUAAAUUUGAAUGUAUGAUGUUCCUUUCUCAACAACAUAAGUAUUGUCCUAAUGUUGCAGAAAGGAGGGAACUCAUCCUCUAGGAAAUGCAAACGUUGUGGCCGUUCAUGUCACAACAAGGCGUCCUGCCGGAACCCUAUAUAAAAAGCUAAGACUAUGGAGAAGGCAUCUGAAGGUAGUUCGAACCUUCUUUUUGGGAACUGGGUGAAUAAGCGAAAGCCUUAGCCGUCUACGGACUGGCCCUCUAAUUGAAGUAUGAUAGGGAAGUGAAGCAAAUUUUAACUAAAUACAUGAAUAUAUGCAUAGCUGUCAUAUAUCAAUGUAUUUAGUAUGUAAAUAGUAUGCUCUACGAACCCUAUGUGAAGCACAAAGUAUGUGCAAGUUGUACGGAACACCCGCAGACCUUUUGAUGUGAAUAUAAUGAUGCCCUUCUCCACUAAAUAUUUCGAAAUGAAAACAUUGUAGAGGCAACCUUGGUGAAGGCCACAAGGAUAUAAUGUGGUACUAUACCAUGUGCCAGAGAAAGUAUGGUAAUUUUAAAUGUUAGCAGUACGGUAGGUAGGCGCAACCUCUUCCAAAAUCAGAAAUUAAACCCUACAAGUGUAGUUAACUCAGAAACCCCAAAAGGAUUUAUUAAUACACAACCCAGCUGGUAAAGUCCACAAGUAUGUUGCACAUUACUAUUCUAUGUGACUUAUAUAGUAUGUAUGUUAGGAAGGGUUGAAAUAAGUGGGCUUCAUAUGGAUAACUAAACCCUAAUAUGUAUAUGUGAACCCACAUGCCCCACAUAAUAACUAUGGAAAUAGAUAACCCACACCCUAGAUGAAAAACGAGAGACCCUCAUCAAACCAUAAUAUGGAAACGUAAACCCUAAUAUGAAAAACGAAACCCUAAUAUGGAUAUGUGAACCCACAUACACCACAUAAUAAGUAGGAAAAUAGUUAACCCACGUCUCUGCAUGAAAUCAAUGUCCUUUCUAACACCCUAUACUACUCCCCUAUAUAGUAUAGUUAACCGUUAUGAUAUACAAAUAGUAGAAGACGAUGUAGAUGGCGUGUUACAUUGUGUAGGAGUUAGUAACACUAAACCCUAACGAUGGAAAAAGUAAACACAAACCUAUAAGAAAAUUAGUUGAACCAUAACGACGGACUAGUAUGCAUUAAAGGUAGUAUAGUAAGGAAGAAUUUUUUAAUACACAUCCCAGCUGGUGAAGUCCACAAGUAUAUUGUGCAUUACUAUUGUAUGUGACAUAUAUAGUAUGUAUGUUAUGAAGGGUUGAAGUAGGCGGGUUUCAUAUGGAUAAAUGAACCCUAAUAUGGAAAACUAAACCCUAAUGCAGACAUGUCAACCUAGAUAAACCACAUAAUAACUAUGGAAAUAGUUAACCCACAUCAUGGAAGAAAAACUAGAAUCCCUUACGAAACCUUAAUAUGAAUAAUACCAUAAUAGGGAAAAUUAAACCCUAAUAUUGAUAACCAAACCCUAAUAUGGAUAUGUGAACCCACAUAGACCACAUAAUCACCCUAAUAUGGAUAUGUGAACCCACAUAUACCAUAGUAAACCCUAAUAUGAAAAACUAAACCCUAAUGGAGGAUACCUAAUCCCUAAUAUGGAUAUAUGAACCCACAUACACCACAUAAUAAGUAGGGAAAUACUUAACCCGCGUCUCUCCAGGGAACAAAAGUCAUUUCUAACACAGUAUACUAUUUCACACAUAUAGUAUAGUAUACUGUUAUGAAAUACAACUAGUCUAAAACGAUGUAGAUGGCGUGCUACAUCGGGUAGGAGUUAGUAAAACUAAACCCUAACGGUGGGAAAAGUAAACCCAAAUCCUAUAAGAAAAACUAAACCCUAAUGAAGGAUACCUAAUCCCUAAUAUGAAAAACUAAAUCCUAAUGAAGGAUACCUAAUCCCUAAUAUGGAUAUGUGAACCCACAUACACCACAUAAUAAGUAGGGAAAUACUUAACCCGCGUCUCUCCAGGGAACAAAAGUCAUUUCUAACACAAUAUACUAUUUCACACAUAUAGUAUAGUAUACUGUUAUGAAAUACAACUAGUCUAAAACGAUGUAGAUGGCGUGCUACAUCGGGUAGGUGUUAGUAAAACUAAACCCUAACGGUGGGAAAAGUAAACCCAAAUCCUAUAAGAAAAACAAUUGAACUAUAACGACGGACUAGUCUUUAUUAAA